AUGGAUGUUCAGUGGCAUCCAAUUCGACCUGUUAUACUAUCUGUUGCCAAUGGAAUAGUAUCAGUUUGGACACAGGCUCAUGUUGAAAACUGGUCUGCAUUCGCACCCGAGUUCACGGAGUUGGAGGAAAAUGCCAAAUAUGAGGAAAAAGAGGGAGAAUUCGACUUGGAAGAUGAGGAUGCUGAAGUGGAUGACAAGGCAAAUGCUCAAGUGGGGAAUAGUUUGAUAUUCUGUUGCCAACGAAUUUUUGUGGUAUCACUUGUAGCGGCUGUCUAA